GACUGUCAACAACAUAAGUGGCUGCAGUCUUGCUGCGCUGCAACAAUGUUGCGUUACUUUGCAUUGUUUGUUAUCUUGAGCUGUAGUUGUACCGUCUCGUGCCUUCAGAGCUCAGAUGGGACUAAACCGGAGAGCGCUGUCCCGUUGGAGGCAGCGGACUGCGGCUGUCAAAACCUGAAGAGAGCCGCUCCCGUAGACAGCGAGGACGGCGGAACCGCAGCCGUAAACCCAGCCGAAAAAUACACCAGAAGCGCGAAUGAGAGCCCUGAGAAAGCCCGGGGAGAUGAAGCGGUGUCUAAAAGUCAGAUGGUGCUGAUAUCUGGAGGAGAGUUCCUGAUGGGAACAGACAACCCAGGCAUCCCUCCAGAUGGCGAGGGCCCUCAGAGGCUGGUGCACCUGGACUCCUUCUACAUGGACAUCCAGGAAGUCAGCAACCUGCAGUUCCAGAGCUUCAUCAACGCCACCGGCUACAUUACUGAGGCGGAGAAAUUUGGAGACUCGUUUGUGUUUGAGGGAAUUUUGAGUGAACCAGUCAAAAACCAAAUCUCCCAAGCAGUGGCUGCUGCCCCCUGGUGGCUGCCUGUCAAAGGGGCUGACUGGAGGCACCCUGAGGGUCCAGACUCCAACAUCGUAGACAGGCUGGACCAUCCUGUUCUGCAUGUUUCCUGGGCGGAUGCUGUUGCCUAUUGCACCUGGGCCCAGAAGAGACUUCCCACAGAGGCAGAAUGGGAAUACGCCUGCAGGGGUGGCCUGAAAGACAGACUUUUCCCCUGGGGAAACAAGCUGAAUCCAAAAGGGCAACAUUAUGCCAACCUCUGGCAGGGAGAUUUCCCCACACACAAUUCUGGAGAAGACGGAUACACCAAAACCUCACCGGUGAUGUCCUUCCCUGCUAAUGGCUUUGGCCUUUAUGACAUGGUGGGGAACGCAUGGGAAUGGACCUCAGACUGGUGGACUGUACAUCACACCACAGACCGACAACAAAACCCAAAAGGUCCUCCUUCAGGCACUGACCGGGUGAAGAAGGGAGGGUCCUACAUGUGCCACAAGUCCUACUGUUACAGAUACCGAUGUGCAGCACGAAGCCAGAACACUCCUGACAGCUCAGCCUCUAAUCUUGGGUUUCGGUGUGUCUCUGAGGAGCAGCGAUGACCUGGCUCGCUCCUCUGAAACAGGGUCCUUUAGUCAAAGGCAGGGUUCCCUAAACGCAGGUCCAGGGCUUGCUGUACAAUAAACUCAUGAAGCGAGUUUUUGAAAUUAGCAAGGAGGUAUUUUACCUGGCAAAGGAUUACAGAGUGUCUCAGGUGGCUUUAAAAUAAAAACAAAAAAAAAACAGCCACCAUCUAACUGAGGCUGCAUCAAGACAGCUGGUAGUGGAGUAUGUCUCGCAUUACUCUUGAUCUUUUCAGAAUCCUCAGAUUUUACGUAGGUACAAAAGAAAUAGAUACAGAAGACUGCUGGAACACAGGGCAAGAGGGCACUGCAUAUUUAACUGAAGUUCUACUUUUGUAAAUGGGUGAAAGAACUUAGUUAUUUCACUGGCUGAGAUGACUAAGAUAAUUUAAAUGUCAAAAGGUAAUUCCCCAGAAAUGAUUGAUUCUGCUCGCGCACCAUCUUUGCAGAUAAUUUCAUUGAUCAGUGUCAUUAUCAGCCAAGGGUUGAUUGAGAUAAAGAUCCAGUCCAUAAAUUGACUGACGCAGCCUUGAAAAGCUAAGCAUAAUGGUCUAUGACUGGUUAUGAUUGAGUAUGAAUUCUGAAUGUAUAUUGAGAAUGAAAUGAUUAACUUUGUAAUGUGUGCAAAUACAGAUGAGUGUGUGUGUGUGUGUGUGUGUGUGUGUGUGUGUGUGUGUGUGUAUUUCAUGUUUUUCUACAUUGUCAGUGUUUAUUUUUUUGUUUUAUUUUGUUUUUUAAACAGAUAACUCCAGAUAAUUUCUAUUGGGAGAUUAGCCUCCAAUUCCUUGUUGUAUUGCUUUUGUGUGCCAGACCACAUCCUUUUUUUUUUUGUUUGUUUGUUUUGUUUGCAAUUCUCGUCUUUACAAAUGUCCCUGCUGGCAAAUCAGUUUCUUAAUUGAUAAUAAUAAAAAUUACCACAUAAAGUG